UGGCAGCUCGGCACCGAGAGACUGAACGUGACCUCUACUGCAGUUGAAAACACAGUGGAGCCGCCGCUCGAUCCGUGGGAUGUUUGUUUAGGUCUUCAUUUCACCUGUCAACACAGUCCUCUCAGAUAACAGCCCCGCAAGACAGGCUUAUGUGCUCCGUGCCGCUGGAUCUCCGCUCAGGGGUGCUCUUUGAGAUCUGUCACUGCACUGCAGCAUCAGUAUGGGUGUGAUAAGUGUGCAGCUGGUGGUUACCAUGGUAAUGGCCAGCGUGAUUCAGAAGAUCAUACCCCACUAUUCCUUUGCACGAUGGCUCCUCUGCAGUGGCAGUCUGCGUUGGUACCAGCACCCUACAGAAGAUGAGCUGAGGACCUUAGCUGGAAAACAGCAGAAAGGAGGCAAGAGCAAGAAGGACAGGAAGUACAAUGGGCACUUAGAGAACAAACCAAUGACUAUUCCCAAAGACAUCGACCUUCAACUGGAGACUAAAUGCAUUGCAGAGGUGGACACACUGGCUUUGCAUUACUUUCCUGAGUUCCAGUGGUUGGUGGACUUCACGGUGGCCGCCACAGUGGUGUAUCUCAUCACUGAGUUGUACUUCUGUGUGGCGGAGCCCAGUGGGGAGAUGAACAUCAGUGUGGUGUGGAGCCUGCUGGUCUUGGCCUUUGUCACGAAGAUCCUUUUCUCCCUCACGGCUCACUACUUCAGACUAGAGGAGGGCGGUGAGCGCUCCCUCUGCAUCACCUUUGCCUUUUUCUUCUUUGUGAAAGCCAUGGCUAUCCUGAUUGUCACCGAGAACUACCUGGAAUUUGGCCUGGAGACAGGCUUUGCAAAUUUUUCUGAAAGUGCCGUAAAGUUUCUGGAGAACCAAGGCCUUGAGUCUCAGGGCCCCAUAUCCAAACUGACCUUUAAGCUGAUUCUGGCACUGCUCUGCGCUCUCAUUGGCGCCUUUCUCACCUUCCCAGGCCUGCGAUUGGCCCAGAUGCAUCUUGAUGCCCUCGCACUAAACAGCUGCAAAGUCACACAGAUCUUGCUACAUAUCAACUUCUUGGCCCCCUUAAUCAUGGUACUGCUAUGGGUGAAGCCCAUAACAAAGGAUUAUUUAAUGAAUCCCACAUUUGGGAAAGAUAGUGUGCCUUUUAUGUCUGAGAAGACAUACGACACGUUGCGACUGUGGGUGAUCCUGCUUCUGUGUGUGCUGAGACUAGCCAUGAUGCGGCAUCAUCUCCAGGCCUACCUCAACCUGGCCCAGAAGGGCGUCUUGCAGAUGAAGAAGGAAGCGGGACGCAUUAGUACCAUGGAUCUCCAAAAGAUGGUCGCCCGAGUCUUUUACUACCUGUGUGUAAUAGCUCUUCAGUACAUCGCACCUCUGGUGAUGCUGCUGCACACUACUUUCCUGCUAAAGACAUUAGGUGGAUACUCGUGGGUGAUUUCCCCCGAAGAGAAUUUGCCGUGUCUGUCAAAUGAGGACUCGAGCCCCGCUGAGGUGGGGCAAGAUGAGGUGCUGGCCUCUCAAACAGUGGCCCAGCUAUCGGUUGCUCUCGGGGGGCUGAGGACUGUUUUCUCCCCCUUGCUUUUUAGAGGGCUCCUAUCCUUCUUCACUUGGUGGAUUGCCGCAUGCCUGUUCUCCACCUCUCUCUUCGGGCUCUUCUACCACCAGUAUCUGAUGGCUGCAUAGCAUCGGGAAGGGCUUGUUCGACUGAACUGUGCAACACGAGGUCCUGAAACAUUCCCCCUUUUCUGCAACCAUAUCAGCCGAGUUCUUCUCUGAUGGGCUUCCUCCAUGUACACAACAUAACAAUACAUAACCAACAACCACAAUAAUUCAGUCAAUGAUCGGAGGAUGGCGUCCAAAGGAGACCUCAGAAAAAUGCUGUUUUUAAAGGGGAUGGCAUCUUUGAACCACCAGAAGGUUGAAAGCAAGGGAUCACUCAUGGUCUUUGACAUACUGCAUUUUAUUUUUUAGAGUUUAAAAUUAUGACAGAUCAAUUUCAUAAGAAUGAUGGUUUUUAAUAGUGUUUUAAAGUUGUUUCACUUCUCCAAAGUAGAAUCUGGGUUCUGCUUUAGGGGAGUUUUUCAUUGCUGAUCCGUGAAGAUGAAACAGUGUUUUAGUCACGCUUGAAGGGAGCGGUGAGGGGACUGAUCAAGGAGAACAGUAUGUGUUGUUAAAGGUAUAUUUAUUUGUACAUUUCAGAGGGACUGAAGUCAGCCUUCUCACAAUCAGCGUUUCGUUUGACUGUAGAAGACUGGGAGAUAAUUUAAGUGUGCGUGCGCGUGUGCAAGUGGCGGUUUGUGUGUUAACACCAGUGCCUGCAGGCUCCCCAUGACCCCUGCUGCUGGUGGGUAAAUCUAAAAAGGGCAUUUUGAUCAAGUAUAAAAGCUAACUCAAAAACUGUUUAAAGCACUGGCCUCGGCUCUUCUGAUACCCUUCCCUGUCAUUUAACCGGGCAGAUGUUUCACUUUGAAUUUCUGGUGACAUCAAACACAUCCUGUAAGCGUGUUCUGUGUUUCUGUAUGCAGCCUAUUGAUUUUCUGUAAUGCAUCAAAUAACAGGAUUGGAUUAGUUUCAUGUGAAGGUGCCAAGUAUGCUUGUACUCCCCGGUGAGUGUGUACUGUACUUUCUGCUGGAAAUCAGAAGCACACGUAA